AAGGUGCUCGCUCGCUCGCUCCCGCCGCCGCUCCGGCAUGAGCGCGGCUUUCCAGCCCUCGCUGAUGAUGAUGCAGCGCCCGCUGGGAAGCAGCACGGCCUUCAGCAUCGACUCGCUGAUCGGCAGCCCCCCGCCGCCCGCCCCCGGCCACUUCGUGUACACCGGCUACCCCAUGUUCAUGCCGUACCGGCCCGUGGUGCUGCCGCCGCCGCCGCCGCCGCCGCCGGCGCUGCCGCAGGGCGCUCUGCAGCCCGCGCUGCCCCCCGCGCACCCGCACCACCACCAGCUGCCCAGCCUGCCGUCCGGCUUCUGCUCCAGCCUGGCCCAGGGCAUGGCGCUCACCUCCACGCUCAUGGCCACGCUGCCCGGCACCUUCCCCGCCUCCCCGCAGCACCAGGAGGCCGCCAGGAAGUUCGCGCCGCCGGGGAACUUCGAGAAAGCCGAGGGGAUACCCCCGGACGGCGGCGGCGACGACGGCAAAGCCUUCCUGGGCAAGGACGGAGCCCUCCUGCCUUUCCCCGCCGCCGACGCCGUCCAGGCUUCCCUCGCCGGGGCUCUGCGGGGCCAGGGCAAGGAGGACCCCAAAGCGGAAGAGGACGCGAAAGGCAAGGAGGAAAGUUUCUCCAUGGACAGCGAUCUCGAUUACAGCUCGGACGACAACAUCCCCGGCCAGGCGGCUCACAAGGAAGAGGACUCUGGCAACGCGCUGGAGGAAAACCCCCAAAACCCCCCCAACUCCACCAACACCACGUCCACGGGCAAAAACCGGCGGAGGCGAACUGCCUUCACCAGCGAGCAGCUGCUGGAGCUGGAGAAGGAGUUCCACUGCAAAAAGUACCUGUCCCUGACGGAGAGGUCCCAGAUCGCUCACGCCCUCAAACUCAGCGAGGUGCAGGUGAAAAUCUGGUUCCAGAACAGGCGGGCGAAAUGGAAACGGGUCAAGGCGGGCAACGCCAACUCCAAGACAGGGGAACCUUCCCGAAACCCUAAGAUCGUGGUCCCCAUCCCGGUGCACGUCAGCAGGUUUGCGAUCAGGAGUCAGCACCAGCAGCUGGAGCAAGCCCGACCCUGAUCUCUCCCCCUUAYGCUCAGAGCCACAAGUUUUUAAGGGAAAAUUUCCAGCCCGGGGGUUUGAAAUCAACCCACCUGAACAGAGACAAAAAACGAGAGAAACAAAACAAACAAAAAACCAAACUCCAAAAACCUAAAAAGAGCAGCACGAAAAAAGAAAAAAAUCUCACGCAAACGCAUGGCAAUUCCCCMCCACGAGCGAACUUUGAAGCGAAACUUUCUGUUCACCGAGAGCCUGGCGAGGGGAAGAGGCUUGGAAACCGUUUGGGUUCGGAGCAGGGAUAUCAAACGCUGGGAGAGACCCACAAACACACACAAACACAGAUAUUUAUUGCGAGGCUGCCCCGCUUUGGACACCCUUGUGCUGCCUUGGCGGCGAUGGGCACGGCGGAUGCGGUGUGGUGGUGCCGGCGCUGGAUCCCCCUCACCGGAGCAUCCCCAGCGAAAGCCACAGCGCCUUUAGCCAUCUUUGGGGUUUUCUUUCUUAUUCGGGGGCGAAAGGUAAAAAAAAAAAAAACGAAGAACACCUGACAAAAAAGACGAGAGAACAACAAACAAACAAACAAAAAAAAUAACCACGAAAGAAAACUCAGAGUUUCAUUUCAUGCCUUUUUUAUUGUUUGGUUUUUUUGCCAAUGGCUGAGUGGCAGGCACUGGGGGAUGAGUUUUUAAAUCUAUUUUUUUGCCUGGCUUUCUGUCGAUUUGGUUUGCCUAUUCUACCAAGCCAUGUUUAAAGGAG